UGAUACUGAAAAGAAAUGGGUAUUGCUGAUAAAAUUCAUAUUGCAAUAUUAACUUGCAUUGGUGGACCAAAUUUUGAGACACCUGCUGAGCUUAGAAUGAUGAGAAUUUUUGGCAUUGAUGCUGUUGGUAUGUCAAUUGUUCAUGAAGCAAUAGCAGCACGUCACUGUGGUAUGACUGUAUUUGCAUUUAGUUUUAUAUCAAAUAUUUGUAUUUGUGAUUAUGAAAUUAAUGACGAAGCAGAUCAAGUAUUGGAUGCUGGAAAGAAAAAAGACUCAGACUUUAAGAAAUUAUUGGAAAAAUUGCAAAUUUUAUUGACAAACAAUAACAUGUAAUAUUAUCAAUUAAUGA